UUUGACGUCAUUUCUUGCGGCGCCAGCAAUACCACUAAUUUGCAGCCAAAACGAAGGCUGGGCCAAUAAAAAGUAAAAACACACCCGGAAUCGCUCAAGAGGACCAAUCAGAUCCCACUACAUCGGUUGACAGGAGGCGGGACUCGCGUCACCGGUGGAGGUCGGAUGUCGCCUGACCGGAUGAUAGCGAGAAGUUUUGUUUUACUAAAGUGGAAGUGUCUGAAAGGUGGAAACUGAACAGUUGUUAAGUAACCCGAGCGCCCUGCUGCUGUAAGCCCGUUCCUGUGCGCUGAGAGACGGCCAGAAACCAUGGGCAACCGGGGGAUGGAGGAAUUGAUCCCCCUGAUCAAUAAACUUCAAGAUGCUUUCAGUUCAAUCGGCCAAAGCUGUAACUUGGAUCUGCCGCAGAUAGCCGUGGUGGGAGGACAGAGCGCCGGAAAAAGCUCCGUGCUGGAAAAUUUCGUCGGCAGGGAUUUCCUUCCUCGUGGCUCAGGCAUCGUCACCCGCAGGCCUCUCAUCCUGCAGCUAGUUAACAACAAAGCUGAAUAUGCAGAGUUUUUGCAUUGCAAAGGGAAAAAGUUUGUGGACUUUGAUGAGGUCCGGACGGAAAUCGAAGCGGAGACGGACAGGAUAACCGGGUCCAAUAAGGGCAUCUCUCCUAUUCCCAUCAACCUGAGAGUCUACUCUCCCAAUGUAUUGAAUUUGACUCUCAUUGAUUUGCCCGGCAUGACCAAGAUUGCUGUGGGCGACCAGCCGCCAGAUAUCGAGCACCAGAUUCGAGACAUGAUUCUGCAGUUCACCACUAGGGAGAGCUGUCUGAUCCUGGCCGUCACGCCGGCCAACACUGACCUGGCCAACUCUGAUGCCCUCAAGAUGGCUAAAGAGGUGGACCCUCAAGGACUGCGUACUAUUGGUGUGAUCACUAAACUGGACCUUAUGGAUGAGGGCACGGACGCCCGAGAUAUCCUGGAGAAUAAACUCUUACCACUGCGCAGAGGUUAUAUUGGUGUGGUGAACAGGAGUCAGAAGGAUAUAGAUGGCAGGAAGGAUAUUCGUGCUGCACUGGCAGCAGAGAGGAAGUUUUUCCUGUCACAUCCCAGUUACAGACACAUGGCUGAAAGAAUGGGAACACCUCACCUCCAGAAGACCCUGAACCAGCAAUUGACAAACCACAUAAGGGACACGUUGCCCGGCUUACGCAGUAAACUUCAGUCCCAGCUGCUCUCUCUGGAGAAGGAGGUUGAAGAGUAUAAAAACUUCCGCCCGGAUGACCCGACGCGAAAGACCAAAGCUUUGCUACAGAUGGUCCAGCAGUUUGGAGUGGACUUCGAGAAGUGCAUUGAGGGGUCCGGAGACCAAGUGGACACUGCGGAGCUCUCCGGAGGUGCUAGGAUCAACCGAAUUUUCCACGAACGUUUCCCCUUUGAGUUGGUCAAGAUUGUGUUUGAUGAGAAGGAGCUACGGCGAGAAAUCAGUCACGCCAUUAAGAACGUCCAUGGUGUCAGAACUGGCCUGUUCACACCAGAUCUGGCGUUUGAAGCCAUCGUGAAAAAGCAGAUCAUUAAGCUGAAAGAGCCCUGUCUGAAAUGUAUCGAUCUGGUCAUUCAGGAGCUCAUCAACACGUUCAGGCAGUGCACCAGCAAGCUUAACUCGUACCCCAGACUGCGAGAGGAAACCGAGAGGAUUGUCACUACUCACGUCAGAGAAAGAGAAGGCAAGACCAAGGACCAGGUCCUUCUGCUGAUCGACAUCGAGCUGUCGUACAUCAACACCAACCAUGAGGACUUCAUUGGAUUCGCAAAUCUUGACUUCAGACGGAUGGAUGAUGGUACCCUACCGGGGUACGGCAACAACAGUGCCCAGCAAAGGAACGUUGUCAACAAGAAGAGGGCCAUUCCCAACCAGCUUUAUGGCCUGAGAGAAGGUGAAGCUGAGAAGGUGAUCCGUAAAGGUUGGCUAACCCUUAACAUCAGCAUCAUGAAGGGAGGCUCCAAGGACUACUGGUUCGUUCUUUCGGCCGAAUCCCUUUCCUGGUACAAGGACGAAGAGGAAAAAGAGAAGAAAUACAUGCUUCCUCUGGAUAACCUGAAGCUGAGAGAUGUGGAGAAAGGCUUCAUGUCCACCAAGCACAUUUUUGGUAUCUUCAACACCGAGCAAAGGAACGUUUAUAAGGACUUGCGUCAGAUCGAGCUGGCUUGUGACACGCAGGAGGACAUGGAUAGCUGGAAAGCCUCUUUUCUGAGAGCAGGCGUUUAUCCUGAGAAAGAUCAGGUGGAGUCUGAAGAUGCGGGCCCUGUUGACAGCUUCUCCAUGGACCCUCAAUUAGAGAGACAGGUGGAAACCAUCCGUAACUUGGUGGACUCCUACAUUGGGAUUGUCAACAAGACCAUCAGAGACCUCAUGCCCAAGACUAUCAUGCAUCUCAUGAUCAACAACGCUAAAGACUUCAUUCAUUCAGAGCUGCUGGCGUAUCUGUACUCAUCAGGAGAUCAGAACAGUCUGAUGGAGGAGUCCGUUGACCAGGCCCAGCGCAGAGACGAGAUGCUGCGUAUGUACCACGCCAUCAAAGAGGCACUCAACCUCAUCGGUGACAUCAGCACCAGUACAAUAUCCACGCCAGUGCCUCCGCCCGUAAACGACAGCUGGAUACCAGAGACGAGCCCCACCCCCCAGCGAGGACCGGCCUCAUCAGCCCCGCCCCCCAGCAGGCCUCCAGCAGUGCGUGGUUCUGCACCAGGCCCACCUCCUCUUAACCCCACCUCCUCAUAUGUAGUUCCGCCCAUUCCUUCUCGGCCAGGCCAACCUAUGAAUGCCUUCGGCAACAGCGGCCACGAUCAUUACAGUGCCCCUCCUCAGAUUCCCUCUCGGCCUGCACGUGUGCCGCCCGGCAUCCCAAGCAGAAGACCCCCUGGCGCUCCCAACCGGCCCACCAUUAUCCGCCCUGCCGAGCCCUCUCUGCUAGACUAGACCUGUGUGCUGGGCACCCAUAAUGUGCUGGCCUGACAGAAAGAGAGAGAGAGAGAGAGAGAGACAAAGAAAAGGGCUGGAGAGCUGCACCGAUAUACGUGCACAUGUCUCUACACAUACAGCCUGACCCAUAGACCUAAAUAAUCCACUCAAACUGUUCUCGGAUCAGCGCUGCUAAUGACACCGCUAGAUUUUAAAGCCCAGAGCCCUAAAUUAAGCACAUAGAUAUUCAAAUAAAAUGAUUAUUGUUAUUAUUUUGGUGAAGUGUGGGGUGUAUUGGCCUAUCAUUCAGUUUGGUCAGGUGACCACCAGGGGGUGUCCUACUCAACUUGUGUAGCUGAAACAACAUAAGAUCUGGUUUUCUGAUGUGUACCUCCUCUCUGACUAGUUGAUUUAAUGUGGGAUGAAAUGUAUAAAGCACUGUGCAAGCUAGUUGCUAUUAAACUGGCCUGUUUUCCUGUUCUGAUAACCUAAGGGUGGUUGAAGACUUCUUUCUUGUAGUAGACACACUUAAUGUGCGCCUUUGUGUUUUCUGGACUCUUUAACUUGAUACGCCGAAAUAAGACACCACAACUGUUAGCAUUAUUAUUGGGGUUGAUUUUGAUCUCAUUUCUUUUAAUAUAUAUAUCGAUUUUCAUGUGAUGGCCUCCAAAAUGGCCGUUAAAGGGACAGUUCACCCCAAAAUGAAAAUCCUGUCAUCAUUUUCUGACUCUUCUGUUGUUACAAACCUGUAUAAAUUUCUUUGUUCUGAAGAACGUAAAGCAAGAUAUUUUGAGGAACCGAUCAGGGGCCCCAUUGACUUCCAUUGUAUUAUUUUUUCCUACUAUGGAAGUGAAUGCGGCUCAUGAUCGACUCGGUUACAAACAUUCCUCAAAAUAUCUUUGUGUUCAUCAGAAGACAUUUAUACAUGUUAGUAACAUCACGAGAGUCAGAAAAUUAUGAUUUUUGGAGUGAACUAUCCCUUUAACCAGAGAUGAGCUAGCAUAUGAGAUCAUAUAAGAAACAUCCUUGCACUGUUGCGUCCGGGAUUUAGCGUUUUGUAAAGCACUUCUAGUACUUUGGCUAUGGGAAUUUCAUUUUAUGCAAAAUUUCUGUAAUGAUUUGUUUAUACAAUGAUUAAAAAUCUGUGUAUAUGAAUAUAAUCCUGAAAGCACAGUAACCACUUUGUAAGAUAGCGUCUCAGGUAACACCCAACUCCACAUUUGGUAGUUUACGCUAAUGUUCCCGUCAUUGUAAUCUCAAUUAAUCUGCAAGGCUUUCAUUACACAUCAGGGAUGCUGAGGUUUUAUGAGCGAGAUAAGAGCGUUACAUGAGGUGGGAAUGCAUCAAACGCUUCACUUGAUAUGGUACAUGCAGGUGUAUUGGGCAACGUGAACAGAAACGCAUGAGAUGUUCGCACUUACACUUGGGAAAUGCCACAACACUUUAAGAGUCAGAUGAUGAGGAUUUAAUGUAGAGAUUGUUGUAGAUGUACUAACACGUUUGGCUUGGGGAAUACGGUGAAUUUUCUUCUAAGUAUAUUAUUUAUAACUGAUAAUGUUGUACUUUUCAUGAACUUUUUGCUUCCCCUUUUCGUUUUGAAACAACUUCUGCAUUAAUGAGAAUGUCGACCGUGCAUAACUCAAAGUGAAAUAAUUUCAGAUGUUUUCCUAUUUAAUUCAUCAUGCUUCGGUUGCAUGUUUGCUUUUAUUGAUGCGUGCCCGACGACAAAUGUUUAGUUUUUUUAUUAACUUGAGGAUCUAAACAGGGAUUUGGUGAUAGAGGGACUUUCAUUUUAUCUUCAGCCUUUUGUCCAGUGAGUCAUUCUGUAAAUAAUCAAAGCUUUGAGUCGAGAAAUAGCCCAAAUUUCUAAACUACAGAUUUCCUGCAGUUACUUCUGUGUCUUAUGGCUACAGUGAUGGCAAACAUCUCAAUCCAUAAUCCAAACACAUGCAUACUGUUAUACAGUUACAUGUGUAUAUAAGAUUUCUUAAGUUAAAUCUCUUUUAGUGACUGGAUGAAGCCCAAAUCACUGCAGCCAUUUUUUCUUUUGACACACUGUAGUGUGAAAGGUUAUCUCCCACUCCUUCAUUCAAAUUUGCCUCAUGUUGUAUGAUGUGGGGGAUGCUUUUCUUUUUUUAAUGCUUUCUGAAUAACAAAUCAUUGUCAAGUGCCUGUGCAGCCAUUUAAAAAGGACCUGGAACUGGCAACGUGAGAUAAUUAAAGGUGUGGUGAAUAAUAAAGAUCUGGCGCUCUGA